AUCAUGAGGAUCCAUUACCUUCUCUUUGCAUUUCUCCUGGUGCUGCUGUCUCCACUUGCAGCUUUUAGCCAAAAAAUCAACAAUCCAGUAAGUUGCAUGAAGAAAGGAGGCAAAUGCUGGAAUCGGUGCAUUGGCAAUACUCGUCAGAUUGGCAGUUGUGGAGUUCCCUUGCUCAAAUGCUGCAGGAGAUAAUGGAGAAGAAGACAAAGAUCCUGUGAACAAAAGAAAACACCAGAGUUUGCUCCUCCAUGAAGAUGGACAAAACUUAAAGCAAAUUAAA